CGGGGGCCCUGGAACAGGCGUCAUCUGUGGGAUCUCCACCGUGGGUGUGUGUGUGACUUGGCUUCCUGCUGCCAGACAGGGGCCCAUUUGGGGCUGGAGCAGGAGCGGGCAGUUUCAAAACCCAGCCUUGUCUAGAGGCAGCCCGAGGCUUGGGGAAGCCUGCGGUUGCCAUGGAGAUGGCUGGCCAAGCCUGUGGGAGGAGGGGAGGGUGGAGGUGGGGGCAGAAGUGGACUCACCGGUGCUCUCUCCCCGCAGUCCAGCAGAGCAGGAUGGCCCCCCAGCUGGCAGAGUCAGGGUCCAAGCCGGGGCUCCGGAGGUGGCUGGACAGUCUGCCCAGAGCUGCGUACCUCGGGGCCAAGGAGGACGCCAUGACCAGCUCCUCAUGCUGGGCCCAACCCGGUCCCGCGCCCUGCAUGCCUCCCCGACCCCAGGCAUGGGACCCAGGGUGUGCGAAGCUCACCGACUCCUGCCUCCCCAGGACCGCCCAGGAGCCACAGGGCUACCUGUACAAGGGCACCCCCCUAAACGGCAGCGUGCCCUUCGUCCCCAGGGCCAGCGCCCCACGGCCGUGGAGGGACCUGCAGGGCCUUCUGGACACCUGCAGCUUCCUGGAGCAGGUGGGCAGGUCAUCCUGCUCCUGGAGCCAGAAGCUGGAAGUCUUUCUGCCCAGCCUGGUGCUGCAGUCGGUCCCGAAGCACAGCUACCCUAAGGGAUACCCUAAGGGCUACUAGCUCCUGGGCCUUCCAAAACCCACA